GUGAUAUUAGAUAAUAACUUUCCAGGCCAUAUUGCUUGAAAGGGUCAUCGUAGUAGCUGCUGGAAACUCUUUAGCUUUACUUAUCUGUUAUCGAAGAAUGGCUCCUGUCUUCGCAUACUGGGACAUAAGAGGACUUGCUCAACCAAUCCGUCUUCUGCUGCAUUAUAUCGAAUUGGAGUGUGAAGAUAAACGAUACGCAUGUGGUCCUGCCCCAGAUUACAGCAGAGAAAGCUGGUUGAAAGAAAAGUUCACCCUUGGACUUGACUUCCCUAAUCUUCCAUAUUACAUUGAUGGUGACAUCAAAAUAACCCAGAGCAAUGCCAUUCUUCGCCACAUUGCAAGGAAGAAGAAUUUGUGUGGAGAGACAGAGAAAGAGAAAGUUAUAGUGGACAUGUUGGAAAAUCAGUUGAUGGAUUUCCGCAAUGGUUUUGUUGGUCUUUGCUACAAUGCAAAAGCCUAUGAUGAUGCAAAGCCAAAGUACCUCGAGAAUGUUGUUCCAAAGAUCAAGGCAUUUGCUGAUUUUCUUGGAGAGGAGAAAUUUUUUGUUGGAGAAAAGAUCACCUUUGUGGACUUUGUAAUGUAUGAGCUGCUCGAUCAACACAAGGUGUUUGAUGCUUCUUUGUUGGAGCCCCAUGCAAAUCUAAAGGCAUACCUUGAGCGGAUCGAGGCAUUGCCUGCUAUUGCAGCCUACAUGAAGAGUGACAAGUUCAUUACUCGUCCCAUCAACAAUCCAAUCGCUAGAUUCACUUGAUUUGAUUCAGUCUUCGAGAUUCAGCCAUCAGGACGGCAGAUUCCAGGACAGGACAUGACGAUAAAACAAUUGAUACUAGUCAUCAGGAAAUCAUAUUGAUUUAAUAGCAAUUUUAUCUCGUUAGAGUGCUGAACUAGUGUGAAUGAAAUGUUUCGAUAUUAAACUAACACUUAAAAAAA